AUCCAGGUCCUAACUACCUCAUCACACACACACUCAUGAGACUUGAAUGGUCAUUAAAGAUCGUUUAUUGAGUAAAAAUACCAACCAUGUGGUCACUUAAGUUGAGGUGCUGAUCAAGAACCUCAGUGUCAACGCCUCUGGUGACUUAAAUGAGGAAUUUGUGGUUCUUUUAAUUGAUUAAAAGGUGCAGUAGGCGAUUUGGAAGAAAAAUAGAUGACUCUUGAGUUUCACUCUCAGGUUGUCACAUACUGGCAGUUUAGAUUAAAUCCAGAUUGACUGCUGGUUUGGUCUGAAUGAUAAUAAAUGCACAAGCACAAAGCACCCAGAGUCAAAAUGGUUAAGGUACGGCGUACAUAAGUGGAUGGUCAUAGUCUGUCUUGUCUCGUCUCAUGCUGCAGCCAAACUCAUGUCAAACAUCCUGCGUUCUCUGUAUUCAAUCAUUGUCCUCCCAUCAGCACCUUCUAGGGAAACCCCGGUGUGGUGGUAUCCCUUCGCAAUGCGAAGAUGGCGACCCUGCUCCCUCCCCCAGGCACCGAUGCUUUCCGCCGCUUCACCCGGGAAUCACUGGUGGAGAUUGAGAGGCUCAAGGAGGAAAGAAAAAAGGCCGCAGAAGUAGGCGGCCAUGAGGAGGAAGAGCCAAUAGGCCCACAUGCUGAUCUGGAGGCGGGCAAGUGUCUGCCCUUGAUCUACGGAGAUCCUCCACCAGAGCUGCUCAACACGCCUCUGGAGGACCUGGACCCCUUCUACAAAGCACAGAAAACAUUCAUUGUGAUCACCAAAGGAAACACGAUCUUCAGGUUCAAUGCUGAACCGGCUUGCUACAUUCUGAGCCCCUUUAGUUUGGUUAGGAGAGGAGCCAUAAAAAUUCUCAUACAUUCAUUAUUUAGCAUGUUCAUCAUGAUUACAAUUCUGUCGAAUUGUGUAUUCAUGACCAUGAGCAACCCACCAGCAUGGAGUAAAACUGUCGAGUAUGUUUUUACUGGUAUCUAUACCUUUGAGGCAACGGUAAAAGUGUUGUCCAGAGGUUUCUGUGUUGGAUCUUUUACAUUCCUUCGAGAUCCAUGGAAUUGGCUGGAUUUCAUGGUGAUCAGCAUGGCGUACAUCACUGAGUUUGUCGAUCUUGGCAACGUGUCAGCCCUCAGGACGUUUCGUGUACUUCGAGCCCUUAAAACAAUUACUGUGAUUCCUGGCUUGAAAACCAUCGUGGGCGCUUUGAUCCAGUCGGUGAAGAAAAUGGUGGACGUCAUGAUUCUGACCGUCUUCGCUCUUUCUGUUUUUGCCCUUGUUGGCCUUCAACUGUUCAUGGGAAAUCUGCGACACAAAUGCGUCCGAUGGCCCAUUGAAACAAAUGAGACUGCAUAUGAAUUUUUUAACAGCACCAAUGCAUUUAAUGACACCGCGUCCUUCAACAACACUGUGGGGUUCAAUGAAACAACAUAUUCCAACAGUACCUUCAAUUUCAUUGAGUAUAUUGAAAACUCGGAGAAUCACUAUUACUUGGAAGGCAGCGCAGACGCUCUGCUUUGUGGAAACAGCUCGGAUGCUGGAAAGUGCCCGGGGGGAUACACCUGUAUGAAGGCUGGGAGGAACCCCAACUUUGGCUACACCAGUUUUGACUCUUUUGGCUGGUCCUUCCUGGCCCUCUUCAGACUCAUGACCCAGGACUACUGGGAGAACCUUUUCCAGCUGAUCCUGCGGGCGGCUGGUAAGACGUACAUGCUUUUCUUUGUGGUGGUUAUCUUUCUGGGCUCCUUCUACCUCAUCAACCUCAUCCUGGCUGUGGUAGCCAUGGCUUACGAUGAGCAGAAUCAGGCUACUCAGCGAGAGGCCAUAGAGAAAGAGGAGGAGUUCCAGAGGCUAUUAGAGCAACUCAAGAAUCAAGAACAGGCUCACAUUCUCGGGAGCCGAGCCACUCUGACCAGUAAGAAGUCGCUCAGUGAUCACACCACAUCUGAGAUGGCGGACGAUGAGCGGAGCCUCGAACACGACGAUGCUGUCAAGGACUGUAAUGGGAGACUCAUCCCCCGUCUAAUAAUCAGAGCGCCCACCAUGGUCCAGUCUGCUGCAGAUUAUGAACUGAGAGAGAGGUCGGUAGGCUCUGUGCACAGCAUGCUUCAUCUGGAGGACCCAGGCCUGUCACAGAGAUGUGCAAGUGCUACGACUGUCCUCACUGCAGCUGCCAUGGAAGAGUUGGAGGAGGCUCAGAGACCGUGCCCACCCGGCUGGUACAAGUUUGCCGACAUGUUCCUGAAGUGGGACUGCUGUGAGCCGUGGGUUGUCUUUAAAAAGUGGGUGCACUUUGUGGUGAUGGACCCUUUUGUCGACUUGGCCAUAACCAUCUGCAUCGUGCUCAACACCCUCUUCAUGGCCAUGGAGCACUACCCCAUGACCCCAGAGUUUGACUACAUGCUCUCAGUGGGGAACCUGGUUUUCACUGGGAUCUUCACCGCGGAAAUGAUCUUCAAACUUAUUGCGAUGGAUCCCUACUACUACUUCCAAGUCGGCUGGAACAUUUUCGACAGCAUCAUCGUCACUCUCAGUCUGGUGGAGUUGGGACUGGCCAAUGUCCAGGGCCUGUCUGUCCUCAGGUCCUUCCGUCUGCUUCGUGUCUUCAAGCUAGCCAAGUCCUGGCCUACGCUCAACAUGCUAAUCAAGAUUAUUGGUAACUCAGUAGGAGCUUUAGGAAACCUGACUUUGGUGCUGGCCAUCAUCGUCUUUAUCUUCGCCGUGGUGGGUAUGCAACUCUUUGGCAAGAGCUAUAAGGACUGUGUGUGCAAGAUCUCCUCUGAGUGCGAGCUGCCACGCUGGCACAUGAACGACUUCUUCCAUUCGUUUCUCAUCGUGUUCCGCAUCCUGUGCGGGGAGUGGAUCGAGACCAUGUGGGACUGCAUGGAGGUGGCUGGAACUGGGAUGUGUUUACUAGUCUUCAUGAUGGUCAUGGUCAUUGGAAAUCUAGUGGUGCUAAACCUGUUCCUGGCCCUGCUGCUCAGCUCGUUCAGUGGAGACAACCUCUCAGUGGGGGACGAUGAUGGAGAGAUGAACAAUCUCCAAAUUGCCAUUGGCAGAAUCACACGGGGCAUCAACUGGUUCAAAGCGUUCGUCAUCCGAACGGUCCUUCAGAUUCUUGGCAGAAAGUCCAAGGAGGAGCCUGAGGAGAACACGAUGGAUGAAGGGGAGCCUAAAACAGAGGGAAUUGAAAUGAACCACUUGGACACCAGUCAGGAUUGUAAAAUGGCAGACGGGAUAUCUAACUGUUUGGUUGAAGGCCGGCCUUCUGGAUUUAUUGUGGAUGGAGAGCUCAGUCUCAAUGUGCCAAUCGCCCUGGGAGAGUCAGACUUUGAAAACCUGGGCGAGGAAGAUGAGGAUGACGAAGACGAUGCUGAUAAUGCUGAUGACUCAGAGAUUACAGAUGAGGAAAAUGGCCAACAUUACUCUGAAAACACAGAAGAACAAACUGGUGUGAGUGGUAACGUCAAACUGAUGGGUGCUUUGAAGGAUGGGGAUUCUUCAGUGUGUAGCACAGUGGACUAUCAGCCGCCUCAGCCCGAACCAGAAGAAGAGGAAGAAGAAGAGGAAGAACCCGUGGAGCCAGAGGCCUGCUUCACUGAAAGCUGUGUGAAGCGCUGGCCAUGUCUGACCGUGGACAUCACUCAAGGUAAAGGCAAGAAAUGGUGGAACCUUCGCAGAACAUGCUUCAGUAUCGUGGAGCACGACUGGUUUGAAACCUUCAUCAUUUUUAUGAUCCUCCUCAGCAGUGGAGCUCUGGCCUUUGAAGACAUAUACAUAGAGAGACGCCGAACCAUCAAAAUUAUUCUGGAGUUCGCUGACAAAGUUUUCACCUACAUCUUUGUCAUUGAGAUGCUGCUGAAAUGGGUCGCAUAUGGCUUCAAGACCUACUUCACCAACGCCUGGUGUUGGUUAGACUUUUUCAUUGUCGAUAUUUCCCUGAUUAGUUUAUGCGCAAACUGGAUGGGCUACUCUGAUCUCGGACCAAUCAAAUCCCUCAGGACUCUCAGGGCCCUGAGGCCUCUUCGAGCUCUGUCAAGAUUUGAAGGGAUGAGGGUGGUGGUGAAUGCCCUUGUUGGAGCAAUUCCCUCCAUUUUCAACGUGCUGCUGGUGUGUCUGAUCUUCUGGCUCAUCUUCAGCAUCAUGGGAGUGAACCUGUUUGCUGGGAAGUUCUACCGUUGUAUCAACACCACCACCGAGGAGCUUUUCCCCAUCACGGAAGUCAACAACAGGAGUGACUGCUUGGCCAUUAGAGAAGCCACACAGGAAGCCCGCUGGGUUAAUGUCAAAGUCAACUACGACAACGUGGGAAAAGGCUACCUGUCCCUGCUUCAAGUGGCAACUUUUAAAGGCUGGAUGGACAUCAUGUAUGCUGCUGUUGACUCAAGAGAGGUGGAGGAGCAACCUUCUUAUGAGAUCAACCUCUACAUGUACAUGUACUUUGUCAUCUUUAUCAUCUUUGGCUCUUUCUUCACACUCAACCUUUUCAUUGGUGUCAUCAUUGACAAUUUCAACCAACAAAAGAAAAAGUUUGGAGAUAAAGACAUCUUCAUGACUGAAGAGCAAAAAAAGUACUACGAUGCCAUGAAGAAACUUGGCUCCAAGAAGCCACAGAAGCCAAUUCCACGUCCAACUAACCUAAUCCAGGGAAUGGUGUUUGACUUCAUCAGUCAGCAGUUCUUUGACAUCUUCAUCAUGGUGCUCAUCUGCCUCAAUAUGGUGACCAUGAUGGUGGAGACAGACAACCAAAGCCCAGAAAAGGAAGAUUUCCUCUUUAAAGUGAACGUGGCUUUCAUUGUUGUCUUCACUGGAGAGUGUGUGUUGAAGCUUUUUGCCCUGCGACACUACUUCUUCACCAAUGGAUGGAACAUUUUUGAUUUUGUUGUGGUCAUCUUGUCCAUAGCUGGCACAAUGCUGUCAGACCUGAUCGAGAAGUACUUUGUGUCACCAACUCUGUUCAGAGUGAUCAGACUGGCCAGAAUAGGCAGGAUCCUCCGUCUUAUUAAAGGAGCGAAGGGCAUUCGGACACUUCUCUUCGCCUUAAUGAUGUCACUUCCUGCCCUUUUCAAUAUUGGUCUCCUGCUCUUCCUCAUCAUGUUCAUCUUCUCCAUAUUUGGCAUGUCAAACUUUGCCUAUGUCAAAAAGGAGGCUGGAAUCGAUGACAUAUUUAAUUUUGAGACAUUUGGCGGCAGCAUCAUCUGCUUGUUUCAGAUCACGACCUCAGCCGGCUGGGAUGGGCUUUUGCUUCCGAUGCUGAACAAGGAGCCUCCAGACUGUGAUCCGGACUUCGAGAACCCAGGCACGGAUGUAAAGGGGAACUGUGGCAACCCGGGCAUGAGCAUGGUCUUCUUCUGCAGCUACAUCAUCAUCUCAUUCUUGGUGGUGGUCAACAUGUACAUUGCCAUCAUCUUAGAGAACUUCAAUGUGGCUCAGGAGGAGAGUGGUGAUGCACUCUGUGAGGAGGACUUUGAGAUGUUCAAUGAGACUUGGGAGAAGUUUGACAUAGAUGGAACUCAGUUCAUUGAGUACAGCCGCCUCUCAGAUUUUUGUGAUGCCUUGCAGGAGCCGCUGAGGGUUGCCAAGCCCAACCGGCUUCGCCUGAUUGAAAUGGAUCUGCCCCUGGUCAUUGGGGACAGGAUUCACUGUGUGGACGUCUUGUUGGCUGUCACACAGAUGGUCUUGGGAGACACGGUGGAGAUGUUGGCAAUGCGGGAGAGCAUUGAGACUAAGUUCAUCCUGAACAACCCGACCUCAGACUCCUUUGCGCCGAUUACCACAACAGUACGCCACAAAGAAGAGCAAAUGGCUGCUGUAGUCAUUCAGAGGGCUUACCGCAAACAAUUACUGAAACGCUGCAUAUGCCAUGCCGCUUUUAUUCACCGCUGUAAGAGGAUGGGUAGAAAGGAUGAAGAUCCACCAGAAAAAGAGGGGAUGCUCGCACGAAGGAUGGGAGUGCUCUAUGGGAGCAACGUGGACCUUGCAGAGGAGAUGGAGUUGGAGGCUUUAGAAACUCUAGCAAGCCAACAGCCUCCCAGUCCUGAGACUCUGUCACAUUACCCUGAGGCCCACUGCGGUCCAGAACCCCCUGAGCCACAUAUCAUGGUUGUACCUGUAGAAAUUACUAAUGAGGUUUUAUUACAUUCUGCCCCCAACCAACACCUCCUGGCCUUACAGGCAAACCUGAGAGAGUCGAUUGUAUAACAAACAAGUAGAGUUAGCAGUUGAUGCAAAGUCUCACUGAUAGAGCUGAGCUUACUGGGCUGAUGUUACACAUGCAGUGCUGGGGAAUAUUUAAACAGAAAUUUUUAUAAUUAAACUUAGCAAAAACAAAACUUUUUUAAAUGCCAUAUUUAAGUGUCUUUUUGGCUUGAAGGUGGAACUGGAGUGCAUGGUUUUCUCUGACAGUAAUGACCAUAUAGACAUGGGUAAAUAAAAACCACCUUCAGUGCUAAAUGCACCAUUCAACAGUGCAGUAAGUAAGAAAGCAGGCUGUAAAAACGGAGAAAAUUAACACGCUCAAAUAUUCAGUUACCAGUUCUAAGUCUUCUUGUAGCACCUUCUUUUCUGUACCAGUCAUCUACUGUAUUUUCUCUGUGUAUUGCUGGACAUAAAUGGUACUUUAAUUGGUAUUUCCAAAUUAAGGCCACUACUAAAUAUAGCUUAUUAGCAAUUAAAUUAAACUCCUGCAGUUUUCCUUUACAUCUGCCGUCAGCGGAUUGGUGGUGGGUGAAACAUCAUGAUGGACCAGAAUCUGGGAUGGUAGUUUGCUGGUGAAAAAUAAAUGUUGAAUUUGCAAUACAGAACAAGGUUUUGUUCAGGCUGUAUUUCAGGGAAAAAGAGUCCUAAACACAUUUCAACAAUAUUUCCAGCAAUAUUUAUAGCAGCAGCCUUCUUUUAAGUGAGCAAUACAUUUUUUUUUAAAUCAGAAAACCAAACCAUGUGCCCCAGUUUCUCUCCAAAGAGUAACUUGAACAACUCCUGACAGAACCUGAUUGAACCUUUACAGGGUUUUAUGCUGUGUUUACUCUGAUAUGACAUGAAUGCUGCACUAUUAUCCAACUCAACAGAACAAUAUUUGAAAAGAUUAUUACCAAUUUUCACCACCAGUUUUUCACUGCUGCUACAGAUUUUUCCCACUGCUUCAUCUUGAACGCCACGCUUAAAUUGUACCAUCUUACGACUACAAGUGGUCACUUCAUUUGUUUCAAUUUUUGAGAAAUUAAAAAGAGUAAAAUCCUGUUGCUGUUUACUUUAAGUCACUUUUUUACAUGGAAUCUCCUCAGGGUGAGCGCUCUAAUUCUUUAAAACGAUUUUCCAUGGGGGAGUCAUUUUUGUGCAUGAAUAAAUUAAAAACAACAACAACAAAAAAAAGAAAUAAGGCUUAUACGAUCACAUUUCUGUCAACUCUGAUGUCUGUUAUUUUUUAUCAGUUAACAGUAACAUGGGCCAGCUAAUGCAGUUAACAUCUGUCCCUCAGUGGCUCACUCAGAAAGGCCCAGUUUAUAUUGCACUAUUUAUAUCCCUUCCAGGUCAAGUCAGAGCAGUUGACUGUGUAAGACUGGGAGGCCUUCCUGUUUUCUAAGAUGAUUUCAUCACUGAUACACGCAUGUCUUAUAAAUGUUUUGUCUUAUUCUUUUUCUUCCUUUUUUUCUAUUUUUGCUCCCCUCAGAUCAGACCUCCAAAGUCAAAGCCAGCAGUCACUUGUUUUCCAUUUCGGCAUUUGGGUUUAAACGUUGUCUGCGACUGCAAACUUAAGAUGUGAUGUUUACAUUAACACGGUUGCACAGCAGAACAGCUCAGCUCCCCGUGCGUUUCAACCGUCUGUGUCUGUGUACCAAAUGACUCUAAUCACAGCAAACACUCGAGCACUUUGACACUCGCCUCAGGUCGGAUCAAGUGCCGAGUGACUUGAUCUGAUAUGCUGAAAUGUUUAGUUAAAAACAUGCCCUCGCUUCCCAAUGUGUAGAUAAUCACGCCUAAUUACGUAUUCACAAUAAAGUGCAGUGGGAUCUAGUCGUUUCAAGUCCGUCCUCAUGUGGAACGUCAGGCUUCACUUGCUGUUGUGUAAGUCUUAAUUUAAAAUGUCUUACUCUGAACACAUGAACAACAUAAGCACUUUUACAGUUUUCUAGUUUGUUUUUUGUUUUUCUGUUUUUUAAAAUAGGCUAUAGAGGGUUGUCUCUUCUCUUGUUUAUGUAUUUCAAGAUCAACUCCGUGGGGAUUUAAAUCGUUUCCUCUUCAAGGGGUCUCUUUGUCUUAUCCUGCUGUCGCAGCAUGGCAGUUAUUCCUGUCAAACGUCUGUAAUGUGAGCUGCCAGCAGUCCUGUUUGAGAUUAACUGUCAUCUCCUCUGAUGCUACGGUCAAAUACACAAGCCAGUGUCCUCCUUUUGUUUACAUUUCUAAUGGAGGGAGAGCCACACGGGGAGCUUUAAUGGUACACCUGCAGUCAGUGUUGCCUGUAUAUGCCUUUUUUGUUGUUUUGUUUUCCUUUGGUGUUGUAUAUUAAUAUCAUUUUGUUAUUGUAAAAACUGUAACAACAUUGUGAGAAUAAAAUACUUUCUUGUAGGGAAAAGUGAGCUGUGAGUUGAUGUGUGUGAAACUACACUGACGCCCCCUGGUGGUCAUGUGAUGAAGAGGCCGCACUGCUCACUGACAAACUCGCAACUCUGUCACCUUUUGUGUCUAAUUCUGGGAGUAGACAUGGGAAAACAGUCAAGAGUGUCAUUUGUGAAAUACUACAUCACGCUAUUUUGAAAGGGACUCUUUGCAGCCACGGAUUCAUAUACAUUUGGGUGUGUCAUUGAGUACUUCGAGCAGCAGGUUCAAUUGUACGUUUUAAGUACACAGACAAUACUUGUUAGUACUGUAGGUUCAAUUCUGUGUUAGUUUUGGGCAUGAGGGUUGCUGACAGAUAAGGAAAAUAUAGAAUAAUCGUCAGUGUUUUCUCUUUUGUCAUUUCUUCACACACUGAAAUCAUAAGCACCACCUCUUACAAGAAACAAGGAGAUGGGGUCUCUGAUUUAUUUGAAUGUAGUUGUGGUUGCAUGCUGAGGUUAGAUAAGAGCUAUGUGGGCUCAGCUGGAG